AUGCUAGUUUCCGAAGCCACCAUCGCCGGUGGUGAGAUAUUGCUGAAGAUAAUAAGCCCGGAGGGGCAAACUUUCAAUGCCUCCUUUACCGAUGAAACUCUAAUUGAGGACGUGAAAAAUCGUGCCAUAGAUUUCUUCUACCCAAAUGGAGCAAAUGGAGGGAGCCGUUAUAAGCUUAUUCGAGUUUUUGAUACGUCAACCCUACAUGAUUUCCUAACUCUUGCUCAGGAACAAAUCGGAAUGCAGGAAGAGAUCUUGUUAAUUGAAAGAAGAAUCCCCGAUGCCGGGGCGUUGUGGGAUUUAGGAGCGGUGAGGGCGCCGCAACAAAGCGCCAUAGCUGCUGCCACCGCUUCUCUGCCUCCUCCCCAGGCAUCAGUUAGGCAACCUAACCUCCAAUCAUUGCUAUCUACUAAUGAACUGACGUACGAAUUGCGAAAAAUCUUGAUAUCGCUUAUUGAAGCAGGAGCUAGGCUCGCAGCAGCUGGCAGAAACUACGAGGUGACCCUCGCUCAAUUGUCUGCGGCUUUAGAUGAACCAAAGAGAACGCAAGAACACGAUACACAAGUGAUAACGCCCGAAGAAAUAGCCGCAAGGUUAAAUACGAACCAAAACGAUGCCAAUACAGCACCAACGAUCGAAUCAAAUGGAGAUAUCUUCAAACGUGCCGCUCACCUGCAAAAAUUUCUCCAGAAAUUCCACGCGUGGAAGUUAAAAAUCGCCGAACCACCUAACCCAGAAGCGAUUGUAGCUUUAAACGAUUUAGGGUUUACGUCAGAACAAGCAGACGAAGCGCUACGCUGUACUGGGUGUAAUGUACCGGCAGCGGCUUCGUGGUUGAUUGGAGAGCGGGGCUCGAGUAUCUUUGAGCUAGUGAAUGGACUUCCCGACGGUGUAAUUUUGCAGACUUUGUUGAAACAACCGCAGAUUCAAAGGGGCUUACUCAACACGAGAAUGCUUAUUGCAUUCAUAGCGAUGGUUGGUCAAACUGGUAGCGCUGCAUUAUGGCUACAUUCGCCGCACGGUAGUCCACUUCUCUCGCAGAUUUCUCGUACGUACCACUCGGAGAAAUAUUGCCUCGCCGUGAACCAAUUUUCAGAGGAGAGGAGGCAACAAAGUUCAUCGCCAUCGACUUCUAGACAAAGACGUUGA